CAUUUAUAAAAAUCAGACGUCUUAAAUUAUUAUAAGAAGUUCUAAGUCAUUUAUAGAAGCUUAUACAUUAAUUUAUAAAAUGUAUUUUGAAAAUUUAUCCUCCUAUUACAAUAUUUUGAAUUUUUUCAUUUUAAUGGUAAAAUUCCUCAACUAUCUUUACUUACUGUAGAAACUCUUAAACUAAAGAUUUACUGGUAGGUAAUAGUAAUUAUGACCUAUCAGAGUUUAAUUCAUUAAAUAAAGUUAGUUUAGGGAGUUUUUCGUUAAAUACUUAGUUUGAUGGGUUUUUACCCAAAAUAAACUUAGUUAGGAGGAUUUAACGUUAAAAUUCCUUAUUCUCUCUUUAUUAUCUAUUAUUUAAGUCAUUAUAGUGGGAUUUAUUUUAUCAAAAACCAGUUGCAAUCAACUGGCGAAAUAUCUUCUUUCAUAAUAUCAUGCAUUUAAUAUUUAAAUAUAUAUAGCAAGAUUUAAGUUACCAAAAUUAUGUAUAUAUUAUAAACAUAAUAUCUUUAAAAUUUUAUUAGAAGAUAUUCUAUCUCAUAGCUGAAUUAAAAUUUAUUAGAGGUUAUUAUGUCUCAUAGCUUCUCUUGAAAACUAGGUCAUUUAUAAACUUAAACUAAUUUGCUAUAUAAAUAUCACGUCAGCUCCAUUAGCUUCACGCAUCUAUCUUUUAAGUUUUCAUAUGUUUUUGAUUGUUAUAAUUUAAAUUAUAUUUUUGUGAUGUUGCGCAGGUGUAUGAUAAUCAAUAAGUAACUCAUAGACGGGAACACCAUUACUGGUAAUUUUAUGGGAGAUUCUUUUUCUCCGUUUAUUUUUGUUCUUCCUCUCCAUGUUGUAUCUCUAUCUAUAUUUUUGCAUCAGUAGUGAUUCAACUAAUAAAAAUAGACGACUCUAUUUAUCCAGGAACUGAUCAUCCCUUUCGAAAAAAGGUAAUUCUUUUUUUUAAUAAAAUUAAAUCACUUAUCAAGAAUAUAAUAUAAGAUACGUAGGCUAAUCAAGUGCAAUUUAUUUAUUGUGUGUGAUCCUCUUCGGUACGUCUGAGAGCCAAAGGUAAUCUCAAAUCUUUUUAAAAACCUUGAAACUCAUUGAUGUUGUCCUAUCAAUUAUAUAAUUUGUUAUCUUUUGGGAAUUGUCUACAUCUUUAAAUAUUUUUGGUAGAAUUACCUCUUUUCUGACUCAAGGCUUAGAGAAGGAAACUGUAAAUCAUCUCUGCUGUUACAAUGAAACCAAUAAUAAUAAAUCUCAGUUAAUUCAAAUCUCUCUUUUAUAUUUCAUAGUUGAUUUUUUUAUUGGGGUUAUGCGUGAAAUAUUUAUUUUUUCUCAAUUAUAUUUUUCUAAUGUUUUAAGAUUAGCGUUAAAUGUGAUCAUUUUCUAAACGUUAUAAUUUCUUUGUUCAUAUGAACAUAGUAUAAAUAUCAAUAUGUAACAUCGAAUCUUUUAUAUUAACCAUAUACAUGUAACAUAAGUAUUAUAUAGUUGUAAAUAUAAUAUCAAUUUAAUAUUAAUGUUAAUGUCCGCACAUGCGUGCCGACGGUCCAACUAGUAUCCAUUAUUUAUUGAUUUAAUUAUCUAACAUUUAUGAAGUUAUUUUUACGUCUUUAAAAUAUUGUAGAUUCUUCAGAAGGCUGUCUGCGUUUGUAGUUAAUUAUAUCAAAUUAACAGAAGUGAGACAUAAAGUGGUGGGAAUCUGAGAUUACAUAAUAUUAAUAUAACGACAAAUAAAUACUAGGAAGUGUUUAAUUUGGUUUCUUUAACCUUACGCAACGUUUUAAUUAGUUUGCUCUCUUCCCGAUACCUAAUUUGGAGUUGAAAAAUUCAGUCCUCAGCCAAACCCUUGUGGCUCACUCUACUUCUUGUGUUACGCCACACAUAUACAUCAAUUAUGUUUCUAAGAAAGUAAACUUAUGAAUAAACAAUUGAAUAGAAGUAAAACCACAAAAUAUAUUUGUUUUAUGCAAUAAAAUACAAAGAAGGCAGACCAAUCUACGUUGUGGUUCACUCUACUUCUUGUGUUGCACGAUAAUUGUCUUCUCUAAAACAAAGUAAGCUUACAGAAAAUCAAUUUAAUAUAAGUAAAACCACAAAAUUAUAUUGGUUUUUAUUUUUUUAUGCAGUAAAAUACAAAGAAGGCAGACCAAUCUACGUUGUAUGAUUGUAUUUGUAAAGAUUACGAGUAUGUGGUUCACAAUUCAUUUUGCGUGUCUAAUCCUAAUCGAUAACGUAACACAAAUCACACCUAUAUAUAUCAACUUAAUUAUCAAGAUCCUUUCUUAUUUAAAUAUUUUAGUGUCUAUAACAACAUUUUCUCGCUAAGAAUUAGGAAAUAACAAAUCCACUUUAUCUAGAGGAUAAUUCUACUAAAAUUUACAAUCGUGUUACAAAAAACAAAAAAAUAAGAGACUAUUCACAGGACAAUAAUUUUUGGAGAAAAUCAAAUUACAAAAACUUUAUUCAGAAAAUAACAAAGAAAUGAGUGGCAGAAAAGUCAGGAAAAUCUUGUAUAAAGUCCCACGAGUGUUGUUCACUUUAAUGCAUAGAGAGAAAAUAAACACAAAAUAGUGUGAGAAAGAAAGAAAGAGCCUCUCUCUUGAUCAGUCUUUAAGUCAUGCAGCUCAAAUCAUCAUCAUGUUCAUCAUCUUCUACUUCCACUUCAACACCGUCCAUGAAACUCAAAACCCUAAUCCAAAAUCUCCUCGCACACCCUCUCUACCGUUUCCUUAGAGCUGUCUCUAGAGCUAAAUCAAUCUUUCUAGAGAUCUCUAAACACAACAACAAGAAACGAAAGCUUACCAUGUUUUAUCCAAGAAAGGCUUCAAAGAAUCAACGAAAGAUCUUUUUCGGAUCGUUCAGGUUGCAUUACAACUGGUGUUCCUCUGAUGUUGUUCCUGUCCCUCAGCCUCUCCCUUCUUCUGUCUCUGACAUCAAUGGUGUAGAAGAUGAUGAGUCUCAGCUCUCUGGCUACCUCGAGUGGCUUGAGCACAAGAAGGUAGAGGAUUUGGAAGAAAUCAGAGAUGUAGGAGAAGUGGAUGAUGAUAAUGAUAUUGAUCAUUUGGCAGAUAUGUUCAUCGCUAAUUGCCACGAGAAGUUCUUGCUCGAGAAAGUGGAAUCUUAUAGGAGAUUUCAAGAAAUGUUAGACAGGAGUUCGUGAAUUAUCAGAUGUCAAACAUAGAUUUUGACUUUUGUCUUAUUAAUUAAUAAUCGUGUUGUAAAAUCGUAGCUAGUUUGAUUUGAUAAUAUUGCCAAAAGGUGGUGAAAGUGUAUCUUGAAAGUUUUGGGGGUAAUGUGCGAGAAGUUAAACUUUUGGGGUAGGCAGUGAAACAUGAUAUAUGGUACAAAACAAUAAUUUUUGCUGUCCAUCUAAUUGGGCACAUGUAGUUAAGUUGUGAGUUAUUAUUGUUUGGUAAACUGCAUCGAA